AUGGCUGCAUAUUUACCAUGGAUUCCUGUAGCAGUGCAACUCGUUCAAGGAUUGCAAAGUAUCGCACGUGAGGGAGCACGGCAUGGGGAACGAGAAUAUGAAAGAUUGCGUGAAGAGUUGCAUCAAUAUCGUAAACAAAGUUCAGAAUUACUCGAACAAUAUCUGGAACUUAUUUCUGAUAUCAAACAAAAGAGAAUCAAGUCGCUUAAGGAUCUUGACGAACAAGGCAACGAACAGAAGACAGCGCUAAUAAAAUUAGCACAACAAGUUAAGCCUAUGGAAAUGAAAGGCAAAAAUAUUUCUGUUUUCGGCAUAACAUCAACUGGCAAGUCAACUCUAGUCAAUAGUCUUAUGGGAAAAAAGGUGGCUGCAACAGGUCGUGGUGAGACAACAACAGAAAUACGACCGUAUCCAGGUACGCAAUUUACUAUUUGGGAUUUUCCUGGUAAAAAUGAUGAAGUCGUUUACAUAAGUAUGGAAUACGUAUCAUUCUUCAAAGCAUUAGCACGACGCCUCAUCCUCAUUCAAUACACAGUAAAGGAGAACUCCUCUAUAAUGAAGCUUUUCGAUGAACUUAUAUUAGAUUAUGAUAUUAUAGUCAACAAAUUCGACGAAGUAGAUGACAAGGAACGACAUGUAUUUUGUGAACAAGUUCAUCGUGAAAUACAAGCACUUGGAUUGAAGAACGUAAACAAAGUAUUUUUUGUAAGUGCUAAACAUCCACAAAUGUUUCCUGAUUGGAUAACUAUGGUCGAUUAUUUGACAAACUAACAAUUCGGAUUGAUUUAAAAAUCUACUUUUGUGUAAAUGUCUAUGCUCUUUUUAAUGUCUUUUUGCGAAUAUAAUAAAUAGUCUAGAAAAGCAGCAAAAUAACGACACAUAAAUGCCGAAAGCAACCUCCCAGGUGGUUCAAUCCCGCCUGUAGAUACGAUCGGAUCCGAACUGGAUUGUGUCGGAAUCUUUGAAACAGGAUUCCGAAGCGGAUUACACCGGGAACGGAUUCUAGAGGUUCCGGUCGAAUGCAACCAUCGGACAACCAUCGGCUACUGUCGGGGCUCCUUGGAUCUUCCUCUCUGAAAACAUUGGGUGUGGGUGUGGAUGUGGGUGUGGGUGUGGGUGUGGGUGUGGGUGUGGGUGUGG